UGAUGAAUUAGAAAAAAGAGAUCCGGAUCAUUUUCCAAUAGAUAAUUAUCCAACAGCUUUGAUGAUCUCCGCAUCAGUACAGUGUUCGUCAGCAAAUCAAUAAUUCGUCGUUCACCAUGGAAACCUGGUUCCUUAUCCUCAUUGCCCUCUGCGUCUCCUUCCUCCUCAAACCCCUUCUUUCUCUAUUCCUACCCACUUCCGUCUCCAAACCCAAGCUCCCUCCCGGUCCCCGCUCCAUCCCCAUCAUCGGCGGCUUCUUGUGGAUCCUGAAACCCUUCUUGGAGAUCGAGCUUAUCAUCCGCAAACUCCAGGUCCAAUACGGGCCCAUCAUCUCCUUCUCCAUCGGCUCCCGCUCCACCGUCUUCAUCGCCGACCGCUCCCUCGCCCACCAGGCCUUCAUCCAGAACGGCGCCGUAUUCGCUGACCGACCUGGGGCCUUGGUCACCAACAAGUACACUACCAGUAACCAGCACACAAUCGCCUCCGCCGGAUACGGCACUACGUGGCGCCUCCUCCGCCGCAACCUCACCUCCGAAAUCCUCCACCCUUCCCGCGUCAAAUCCUACGGCAACGCCCGCAAAUGGGUUCUUGACAUCCUCGUCAACCGCCUCAAAACCAUGUCUCAAUCCCACUCCGAAGGUGGCGUCGUCGGUAGUGUUAGGGUGGUCGACCACUUCCAAUACGCCCUGUUCUGCCUCCUCGUUCUAAUGUGCUUCGGCGACAAAUUGAACGAAGAGCAAAUCAAAGAAAUCGAGCGGGUGCAGCGCCAACAACAUUUGAGUUUCCGGCGGUUCAACAUCCUCAAUUUCAAGCCGAAAUUGACGAAGAUUUUCCUAAAAAAUCGGUGGCGGGAAUUCUUCAAAAUCCUCGAGGAACAACGAGAAGUGCUCGUCCCUCUGAUUCGAGCACGACAAAACAAGGCAAAGCAGGGCAGGAAAAACGACGACAAAGACGAUGAAUCGGUGUUGUCGUAUACCGAUACGCUGCUGGACCUCGAGCUUCCCGACGGCAAAGAGAAGCGGAAGCUUUCGGAGGACGAAAUGGUCAACCUCUGCUCGGAGUUUCUCAACGCCGGCACCGACACUACUUCCACCGCGCUGCAGUGGGUCAUGGCUAACAUAGUAAAGUAUCCGCAAGUUCAGGAGAAGCUGUUUUCAGAGAUUAAACGGGUUAUGGGAGAAACGAAGGAGGAGGUGCGAGAGGAGGUCCUGCACAAGCUGCCGUAUCUGAAAGCCGUGAUCUUGGAGGGGCUGAGGCGCCACCCACCGGGGCACGUUUUGUUUCCGCACUCGGUGACGCAUGACGUGGUUUUGGGAGGACACCUGGUGCCCAAAAACGGGACAGUCAAUGUCAUGGUGGCGGAUAUAGGGUGGAACGCGCAAGUGUGGGAGGACCCCAUGGCUUUCAAGCCGGAGAGGUUCUUGGGCAGCAGCGGCGGAGAAGAAGGGUUCGAUUUGACGGGAAGCAGGGAGAUUAAGAUGAUGCCGUUUGGGGUGGGGAGGAGGUCCUGUCCUGGGGCGGGGUUGGCGGUGCUUCAUCUGGAGUACUUUGUGGCGAAUUUGGUUUGGAAGUUUCAGUGGAGGGCUGUGGAGGGAGAUGACGUUGACCUGUCAGAGAAGCAGGAGUUUACUGUGGUAAUGAAGAAUCCAUUGCAAGCCCACGUAAUCCCAAGAAUUUAGUGUGUGUGAGAAUUCUGGCAUAAUUCUUCGACGCAUGUUCAUGUCAGGAAUUAGUUUAAUUAACUAUCUAUUAAUGUUUAAUUAUCUGCAAAUAAGUAGUCAAUUCAGAUUGUCUACAGAUAAUUAGGAGGUAUCUCGUUUAUUAAUCAUGGGAUUAAUUGUUGCAUGGUUUAGCUAUUUUUAUUAUUUCUACGUGUAUUUAUGUUGAAGUUUCGGUCAAGGAAUAAACAUCAACCAAUUUUCAUA